UGAAGACAAGAGAGCUGUCUAGCUGAGAAAAUCAGUCAGAAGCAUUGAAUAAACAUUGAGCAUAGCAAAUACAACCAUGUGCAAUGUUCUGAAAAAGAGAAAAAAAAAUACUGAGGAACAGACAUCAGACAGAUCGGCCACGGAGAAGAACAGCUGAUGAAAGGAGCAUUGUGAGAGCUGUGAAGAAAAACCCCAAAGCAACAGUCCAUGACCAACACCAUCACCAACAGUUUAUAUAGAGCUGAGGAGUUAUCAAAAAGAAAUGGGCACUACUUUAAAUAUAUCAUGGCCAGAUGUCAAUUAUCUCUAUUACAUUUUAAUGGAGGGUUUUAAGGAUUUAAUUGACAACUUCCAAGCGGGGAACAUUUGCUACAUGGAGGAAGCUGAAUAUCUGAAAACAGUCAGUGAGUCACCUGACAAAAAGUUACGUGUGUAUUUUCCAGACACAUAUACGCCCAGAAAUGCGGAUGUUUCUUGUCUGCAACCUCUAAAGACUGAAGAAGCUGGUCUUCUCUUGGCUAUUACUGAUGACUCGGAGCGGCUUCACUGGUAUCUGGAGAAACAACAACUGGAGAAGGCUUUGGCCCUGAAUACCGAUCAAGAAAUUAUCGUGGAUGUGAACUCCCAGUUGUGUCGCGGUGUGCUCAGGUACAUUGGGCCAAUCACUUCAAAACGUCUGUUUUACGGGGUGUAUAUAUUCCCCACCUAUUUUGGAGUGGAGUUACAGGGUGAUGAUGCAAAGAAUGGAGUUUGUGAUGGGACCUAUCAAGGAAAACGUUUUUUCCAGUGUGACCACAACAGUGGUAUAUUUGUGCCUUUCAGUAAGCUUAGGUUCCUAUCUGCCCAAAAGAUGCCUACCGCAGUUAUCAAGGAACCAUCAGUGGACAAUAUGGAACAGCUGAAAAUUGGAGACAAGGUCCAAUUCUUCACAGAAGAUAACACAACCAAAUUCGGAGUGGUCGUAGAGUUGAUGGAGAAGGAGGCUGUGAUUGUAACAGAUGGAGAAGAAAGCAGCUCUGACCUUAAAAUACCACUGGAGUGUGUGAUGAAGGAGGAGAUGCUCUCCAAAGAUCUGGAGCAUGAUGGCAAGAUGGACAGGCGGGAGCCCUUGCUAGUCCAAGCAAAGAGGAAAAAUAGUGAUGAAACGUUUGGACUGACCCUGAACUCCAUGGUGGAAGUGUACCUAACAGCAGGGAAAACUGCCUAUGGCAUCGUUCGUUGGCUUGGCAAGCUUCCAGGGAAAAGUGAAACUUUUGCAGGACUCGAACUGGAGGAUGAUGUAGGAAUUUGUGAUGGAUCAUUCAAAGGACAGAGAUGUUUCUUUUGUGCCCCAAGACGAGGACUGUUUGUGAGACUGCAGGUUUGCCGCCCAGACAGCCGCUUUCAAAGGAAGAGCCCACGCUGUGACAUGAACAGCUCCUAUCAAUCAGAUUACCAGUAUAAUGAUAGGGUGCCACCACUGGUGAAUGGGAAAGCCUCUCAGGUCCUGCUGGGCAAGAUGAAAGGCAUACAGGGCCACUGCAACUCCUGCUACAUGGAUUCAGUACUUUUCAGUUUAUUUUCCUGUUCUCUUGUGCUGGACUCUAUGCUUUAUAAAAGCAGCAACAAAAAAGACUCUCCAAUCCAGACCACCUUGCGUGAGGAAAUUGUCAACCCACUCAGAGCAAAAGGAUUUGUUCCCUCAGACAGUGUGAUGAAGCUGAGGACUCAGCUCAUGGAAAGGGGACAUAGUGCCAGUUUUACCACUGAUGAGAAAGAUCCCGAAGAGUUCUUAACCCUCAUCAUGCAUCACAUUUUGGAGGUGGAGCCUCUCCUACACUUACAACAGCCAGGACAAAAAGAGCAGGGUGCGUACUGCUACCAAAUCUUUAUUGAGCAGGACAAUGGAUUGAUCAUCCCUUCUGUGCAGCAGCUUCUGGAACAUUCCUUUCACAGCUCCGUCCUCAAGCUGUCUGAGGUUCCAUCAUGCCUGAUCAUUCAGAUGCCACGGUUUGGAAAGAAGUUCAAGCUCUUUGAUAAGAUCAUUCCUUCUCUAGAACUGGACAUUACAGAUCUGCUUUCUAACAACCCUCGGUCAUGUGUUAUCUGUGGAGACCUGGCUGACCAAGAAUGCAGUGACUGUUUCAAGGACCACAUUUUCUCAAAUGCAGGAUUUAAGCAGUUUUGCAGAAAUUGCUCACAACAGGUUCAUUGUCACCCACGCCGCAAGGACCACCACCCUACCAAAAUCCAGCUGCCACAGGGUUUACAGAAUGGCUGUGAUGCACAGAGAUACCGUGUGCACCGAGAGGUUCUGGAGCUGUUUGCUGUCCUCUGCAUAGAAACAAGUCAUUAUGUUUCAUUUGUCAAGUAUGGACCGCAAAAUCAGCAGUGGAUGUUCUUCGACAGCAUGGCAGAUCGUCACGGUGACAAAGAUGGCUACAACAUUCCCACAGUGAUCCAGUGUCCAGAGGUAGCCAAAUACUUGGACAUGCCUUUGAAUGAGCUGGCCAGGCAGAAUCCCCGUGACAUGGAGGGGGUGGCUAAAAGACUCUUCUGCGAUGCCUACAUGUUUCUGUAUCAAAGUAAAAGGAUGGCUCUGUAUAAGUGACGAGAGGAGGCGAGGUAGAAGAUGUCAUCUGGCACUGCGUAAACCCAGCCACAAUGAAUCCUGAAUUGUGUAACUGGAAGAUGCUGCUUGUUUAAUGCUGUUUAGUCCUUUUUCAAGAGCUUGCCUGCUUUGCACAGUCACGAUGGGUGGCCUUUCUCUUUUAAAUGGUGGCACUAUGUGGACAUACUAUAUUAAGAAACCCCUCUGUAAGGACGUGAUUACAUGUAUUUGCCUAAUUCUUAGCAGGUCAUGCCUUCUAAGCUGGAAAUAUCCCUGUGACGUGGUAAGUAAGGAGUCGCUAUGCAGCUCCUGGUGGACCCCCAGGUAUUGAACGACAAGCAGGCAGACUGAAGAUUGUUAUAAUCAAGUAAUAAUGUAAGGAAAUAUGGCAACAUUUUUCUCCCAUAAUCAUAAAAGCAACAAAGUCUCACAAAGUGGAACAAGUGUGAUAAAAUAGCAAACUUCAGAUCCGUUUUUGAUAAAUGAUGUGUUUUUUAUAGAUAAUUUAGAAUUUGUGGACAAGUGAAGAUGAUCUGCAGCAGCAUGAUAAUGCAAUGUCUAACCAAUUUGUACAUUCUGUGAAUUAUGAGAACAGAGGACCCUUUAAUGCCGACUAAAUCAUUAGGGUGGUCUGCCUUGAAUGUGCUUUGAUGGCUGAAGUUAAUGAGUUCAGCCACGUGUGGGAUUUUGAUUAGUACAAAAAAGAGAUUUUGUCAGUUUCAUUAAUUGAUCUAUCCAUCCAUUUUUUGUGCCCAGUUUUUCACUACAAGGUUUUAGAGAGCUUGUAGAACAGAGUUUACUUCAAUAUUUUAUUUGUACAGAGUCUGCUGGCCAGCAUAACUAAAGCAAAAUCUGUCAAGCACAGCGUCCACUGAUUACCUGCAAUAGAUAUUUGUCUUUAUGUAUUUUACCAAAAUGAGAAAUUACACACCAAGAGGGAGUGUUUGUGUACUGUAUGUGUCAACCAUUCGAAUAAUGUAUAACUUCAUUGGGAAUUCGACUAUAAUAAAUUAAUACAGGGAAGAAAAAAUUAAA